CCCUCUGUCACCAAGGAGGAAGGAAACGACCCCCUUUCUUUCUCUCUUUCUCAUUUCCUCCUCACUUUCACACUCCAGCGGUCUUCCGGCGAAGUCGGCUGGUCAUUUUCGGCAAAGGGAAGAAGAAGAUCAGAGUUUCGGAUCCCCUCCUUCGGAUAGCGUGAAUCAAAGCUAAGGGUCGAUUGCUUUAGGAUUAGGGCUCUUCUUGAAGGAGCUCAAGUGCGAAAAUCAACAAAGUCAAAGGUUUCGAUGAGACUAAGAAGAUCGUGAUGUAAAAGAUUGUCAAAGCACUUGCAAAGCUUUGCAUUAAGGUCUUGCUUCUCAUCGUGAGACCAAUAUGUUGGGUCAUUUCAGGUUUGCAAUCCAUGGAUAGUGGCCAUAGUAAGAAUGCCUGUCAUCUUGCGGGUCAGAGAGAAAUGGAAAGGGAUUUCAAUGAAAUGACAUAGCAUUGAAUAAGCAACUACUUUUGUGGAAAGGAUCUUUAUGAAAAUGCAGAUAGAAGAAUGGUAGUCUCUUGGCAGUGACCAUGUAGGAGAGGAAGACAAGAUGGAAGAGGAGUCUAGUGAAAAGGAUCUUCAUGUGAAUGGGAGUGUUGAUAUGGUUGAUGGCUCUACUCAGAGGCAUAUUUGUGUGGAUGCAGAUGAAAAGGGUCAUGAGGAAGAUAAAGUGCUGGAGAGUGCUCACACAAAGGAUGAGGUUGUUGGUGGGGAUGAUAAAAUGCAGUCUACUUCAAGUGGAAAAGGUAAUGUGGAUGGAAACAGGCAAACAGUAGAAAACUCAAGCAAAAAAGAUUCUUUGGCAUCUGGAGUAGGCAAUAAUAUGGAACCAUAUGUAGGUAUGGAAUUUAAAAAUGAAGAAGCAGCUAGAUCAUUCUACAAUGCAUAUGCUAGGCACGUGGGUUUUAGCAUCCGAUCAAGUAGUACCCAACGUGCGCGUGGUGGUAAGUGUAUUGGUCGACAUUUUGUUUGUUCAAAAGAGGGAUUCCGCCAAAAGAAAAGGGCAAGUAAUGAAACCCAAGGCAAAAGGUUUCGGCCUGUUACAAGGGAAGGGUGCAAGGCAUCAUUACAUGUAAAAAGAGAGAAAAAUGGGAAAUGGAUAGUCAAGAAGUUUGUGAAAGAUCAUAGUCAUGCCCUUGCAGACCCUACUGAAGCUCAAUAUCUUCGAUCACAUAGGAAUGUUACACGCACCAUGCAAAGUCUUAUUGACACUUGCAUGUCCUCAGGGCUGCAUGUAAAUCUUUUGUCAUCCUACCUUAGAGACAAAGCAGGUGGUGCUGGAAAUUUUGGUGCUUCUGAACAAGAUCAGAAAAAUCAUAUUCAUGAUCUUCGCAAAAGAAUUUUAGGCAAAGGAGAUGUUCAAUCCAUACUUGACUGCUUUAAGCAUAUGCAAACUGAAAACCCUGCAUUUUUUUAUGCUAUGCAAGUCAACGGAGAGGGGCAUGUGAGUAAUUUCUUUUGGGCUGAUGCCAGAUCAAGGAUGACAUAUGGAUAUUUUGGUGAUGUAGUUACACUUGACAUGAUAUCCAAUACAAGUAAAUGUGAACUGCCAGUUGCUGUAUUUACGGGGCUUAACCACCACAGGCAGGUUGUGUUUGUUGGUUGUGGACUUCUUCUAGAUGAGACUGAAUCUUCAUUUGUUUGGCUGUUUUCUACAUGGCUUGAAGCAAUGUCUGGACAGCACCCAGUUUCACUAAUUACCAACUCUCAUCCAGCCAUAUGUGCUGCUGUUGCAAAAAUAUUUCCAGGAACUCGUCACCGUCUUUCAAUGCAUUAUAUUUUACGGGAAAUGCCAGAUAAGCUUUCUCAUGUAUAUGAGAUGCACCUAAAUUUUGAAAAUGAGUUUUACAAAUGCCUUCACAUGACUGAGACAAUUGUUGAGUUUGAAGAAUGUUGGCAGUUCCUUGUUGAUAGAUAUGGCUUAAGAGAGAACCAUUGGAUUCAAUCAAUAUAUGAAAUGCGACAUCAGUGGGUGCCUGCUUAUUUUCGGAAUUCCUUUUUUGCAGAAAUGGCUGGAAGUCAAUGGAAUGAGAGUGUCCAAGCGAUCUUUCAUGAGUGUAUAAACUCAGAUACUACUUUUCUGGAAUUCAUCAAGCAACAAGGGAGGGCAAUGGAGGGUCAAUACAGAAAGGAAAUGCAUGCAGACUUUGAAACAAGCCAAUCACCACAGAUUCUUAAGACUUCAUGGCCUUUGGAGAAACAAGCAGCAGAACUUUAUACAAGAACAAUAUUUGGAAGGUUUCAAGAAGAAUUACUUGACAGUUUUGGUUAUAUGACUGAUGAACUGGAGAAUGAUGGGAUAAGCGUGAUUUACAGAGUAGUGAAAUUUGGAGAAGAGAAGAGGGCAUGUACUGUGAAAAUGGACAUUUCCACAAUGAGAGUCAGUUGUAGCUGCCAGAUGUUUGAGUUUUCGGGCAUCCUUUGUAGGCAUGUGCUGAUUGUGUUUGUGCAACGAAGUAUAAUAAUCCUCCCACCGCAGUACAUCUUGAAGAGAUUUACAAGAAGUGCCCGGAGUGGAGCUGCAGCAGAUGAAUGCCAUACUGAUUCUCGAGGUGAUUUUCAAGAAUCUACCAGUUUGAGGUACAAUAAUCUUUUCCGUAGGGUCGUUAAGUGUGCAGAAGAUGGAGGGGCUUCAGCAGAUACACAUCAGAUGGUACUGCAAGCAUUAGAGAAGGCCUGCAGCGAAAUUGCCAGAAUAAAGGAAAAUGCUGCCAUAGAACGAAGUAGAAGUGCUCGUCAAGAGAAUAACAGUGAAAUUGAGGUUGACAAUUUAAUGAACCAGCUGACUUCACAUGAUACUCGGCAAGCAAAACCGCAGAGGAAACUAAGGCAUUGUAACAUCUGCAAAGCAAACAAUCAUGACAAGCGCAAUUGCCCAGCAUUGAGGGCUACUUCUGCCAUCGGGUGCUUGAUACCACCAGUUGAUGAAGAAGUACAAAAUGACCAAGGCUUUCACUGGUUAAGUGGCGAAGAACUCGGAUUGUCUAUUGGAAUUCCGAUGUUCCCAUCUGGUUCACGCUAGAAAAACCGCUGAGAUAGCCGACAUUUCAUAAGUUCUUCAUGGAGGAUCAUAUUUUAACUGUAAUAAACUAGCAGAAGCCUACCUAAUCCCUUUGUUAGCAUCUAAAAAGAUGCACACGUGGAUGGAAAGUGUGUAUGAAUUUCACAGGCAUUGGAUUUCAAAACUAGGUGCACAGUGUGCAGUGACUGUUGUGUACAUAUUUUAUAUGUGUGGGGAAAGACCAUGUGCACUCUAGUUGGAACUAAUGUACAGGAGUGUCUUUUCGUGAAACUAACUAGAUAGGUGUAAUCUUCAUGUCUGUCAACUAAUUAAUCACCUCAAGGAUGGUGUUUCCCUUGGUUUCUUCAUAUGUAUAUGUAUAAGAACAAACACAAGCUGAAAUCAGCCGAUUCUGCCCACUCAGUAAGUAUAUGCAUUUGAGGCCAACCUGCGACAAUAUUAAUAACACUCAUCUUGAAGUAAGAAAGCAUGAUUUAAGUAAAGAUCUGAUUGAAUUGGACCUCUAUGAUUAAUUUUAAAAGAAACUUGGAAUUAAAUUCCGGUGGCAGUUUUCUCCUUUUACUGUGUCGGAGGAAGCAUUUGAAGGCUAGUGUUGAUGUGUGUGUAUGUGUGAGAGUGAGAGAGAGAGAUUUGAUGUUAUUGUACUGGAAAUUAUGCAGGAUGGAAUGGCAUUUGCACUUGGGAAUAAAAAAAAAAUUGUAGUCUA